UUUACUUUUGUCUCAUGUGUAAAUAACCUAAAAAAUGAAACGCAUAAACAACAAUCGGUGAUUUCUUUUUUCCUGGUUGUUUCAAAAAGAAGGUUUAGACUUAAUUCUUAUUUUUUGUGUUGAUGUCUCACUCGGAUAUGGCACAUAUCUGGAUCCAAUAAGAGAAUUUCACAGCGUCAGACGCGUCUGCGGCGGGGGAGACCAGCGGAGGGACUCGGAAACUUGUGUGGUGCAGCAGACGGUCUCUCUUUACGAAUCGGCGCUGAAACAGCCUGAGAGAAAAAGAGAGCCAUGGUGAACUCCCUCUUACUGAUGCUCAGCUGGACUGUGAUCUCUGAGGUGGCGAGAGCUCAGAAUGACACGGAGCCUAUUGUCCUGGAGGGGAAAUGUCUCGUGGUGUGCGACUCUAACCCGACCACGGACUGGAAGGCUUCGUCCUCUCCGCUCGGGAUCUCAGUGCGCGCCGCCAACUCCAAGGUGGCUUUCUCUGCAGUCCGGAGCAACAACCAUGAACCGUCGGAGAUGAGCAACAAAACGAGAAUAAUAUACUUCGACCAGGUUCUUGUGAAUAUAGGAAACUACUUCACAUUUGAAUCAGUAUUUUUGUCCCCAAGAAAAGGAAUCUACAGUUUUAACUUCCAUGUCAUUAAAGUGUACCAGAGCCAAACCAUACAGGUGAACUUGAUGUUGAAUGGGAAACCAGUCAUCUCUGCCUUUGCGGGUGACAAAGAUGUAACUCGUGAGGCUGCCACCAAUGGAGUUCUGCUCUAUCUAGAAAAAGAGGACAAAGUCUACCUAAAGCUGGAGAAAGGAAACCUAGUUGGUGGAUGGCAAUACUCAACAUUUUCUGGCUUUCUUGUGUUCCCUCUGUAAAAAAAAAAAAAGAAAAAGAAAAAAGCUAAAGAAAAAAAAGAAAAGAAGAUUGUAA